UAUGAAACUUCACAUGAAGCAUAAUGUGAGGGCUACUACGUUCCUCGCGCGCCCAGUGUACGCGAGUGUGACGUCACAGAGACCCAUGACGUCACAAUGCUACGUUCCUCAGCCGGGAGUUCAGCGUUAGGCCGCUAUCAGAGCAGAAGCAAAGAUACUCACGUAAGAAAACACUCGAAGUCGAUUGCUGAUUUUCCAGCGCAUCAUUAUAAGCACCUGAAAGUUGGAGGAAACAGCACCGACCCUUCAGCAGCAAAUCCAGAGGCUUCUCCUGCAACAGCAGCAGCUAUGGAGAACAGCCCAACAGAACAAACAGCAAAAUACAAGAUGGACAGCCUUUGUGCAUUCUUCAAAAAGACAUGGCUUUCUGUGAAAAGUGCCAUCCAGUGUCGACAUCAAGGCAACAAAGUGACCCCUCAUCAGCCUGUGUCCGACACAGAUUCAGCUGAUCCUCCAGAAGAUCCUCAGUCUGGUUCAUCUGACCCUGAUCAAGAUCCAGAUGCUUCAAAGAUGACAGCUGUCGUAGCACCAUCUGGCCUUGUGCCAGCGGGUCUGCAGGAUCCAGCUGAUCCUCUUCCAGGCCCGUCUUCUCUUGAUCCAGUAGCCCCCAAAUUUCCAGGUGCUUCCAAGCAUAGACGAAUCACAGAUCGAACCCAUUUCAGAGCAGCCUGUUUCACCGAUCCAACUCCUGUUCCAUUUGAUGAGAUUUAUGAAGUGGGAAGAAAGAUUGGAGAAGGAGGCUUCGGCACUGUGUACGAGGGGAUUUCGAAAUUUCUACGUGAGCAGGUUGCCAUCAAAAUCAUCCCUAAGAGGGACAGAGACCGCUUUAUCGUAAUUCCUGGCUGUUCAAAGCCGCUGUUUGCAGAAGUGGCUCUAAACCUGCUGCUGAAACGACCUCCGUUAAGCCCCUACAUUGUGCACAUGCUGGAAUGGUUUGAAGAGGACGAUCGGUUCAUCCUGAUCCUGGAAUAUCCACAACCCUGCAAAGACUUGCUCAAAUUCAUGCUGAACAACAUGCAGCUACUGGAUGAAUCCCAGACACGUAGGCUGAUGUACCAAGCGGUGCUCGGGGCCAAGCACUGUCUUGACCGAGGCGUCUUCCACCGUGACAUUAAAUUGAAUAACUUUCUGAUCAACACAAAGACUAACCAAGUCAAACUGAUAGACUUUGGCUGCGGUGACCUCGUCAAAAGUUCAGGCUACUUAGGCUUUACAGGAAGAGUCUGUCCACCUGAAUACUACAAGGACUUAAAAUACGAGGCAGGGCCAACAACCGUCUGGUCUCUGGGCUUUAUGAUGUACUCAAUGAUUUACAAACGUCAGCCCUUUAGAAGUCUAAAAGACAUGAUGCAUGGCAGUCUGAGGUUUAAGCACAAAAUAUCCACAGAAUUGCAAGAUUUGAUAUGCCGCUGCAUGACUCUUGACCCAACGGAGAGAGCAACUGUUGAGGAGAUCCUACAGCAUGAAUGGUUUCAGCAGGGACAGAUGUCAGGAGGAGCUCAGGAUCAGCAGAUGCUCCAAAUCGGCCCCAGUGAGGAAAAUCUGCACAAACCAUUCAGCAGAGGGUCUUCAGAGCGGCAAGUUUAGUUAAAAAAAAAUAAAAUAAAAUGGUGAAUAAACAACAAAUGACUAAGGAAGAACAAAAGUAGUGCACAAUAAAAUAGAGAACCCAUGUAGUUUGGGGUGAAGUGACAUGUAUUUUUGGAGUUUUGU